UAAAUAUUCUAAAAAUUCUACCAAACAAAUAUGAAAUAAAAAUUAUCAUAACAAAUAUUAAAUAAACAUCAUCAUCAACAUUCGGAAUCCACCCCUACCCCCCUCGGUCCCAGCUGUGCUGGUGGUGGGUGGGGGUGGUGGUGACGUCACGGUUGUUGACUCCCGGCAGCCGCAGCUGAGAACCCGGCCACAGUCAGUGGCGACACCGAGAGGCUGAAGCAUCUUUGCAACAACCACUCCUCCUCAUCAUCCUCCUUCAUCAUCAUCAUCGUCGUCUGUGCUACCGGACACGUUGACCACCAAGAUCGUUCGAAGGACUACAAAUCCCUGUGGCAGGCGUAAUGGAUGAGCAGCACAGACUGAAACUUCGGCGCUUGAGAGUGACUUUGGUGAAAGAUCUCAACCCCAAGGCGCUGUACGACUACUUGGUGGCAAACGAAAUCUUCUCCGACGACAUGAUCGAAGAAAUAAAUAAUUCCGGCACUCGGCGGGAGCGUGCAAGCAAAAUGCUGAUGGAGCUGGAGAAGAGAGGCAGCCGCGCUCUGCCCAUCUUCAUUGAGGCCCUGUACGACAGCAAGCAGUCGCACCUCGCAGAUAUCAUACGCGAGGAACUCGCCUCCGACAAAAUCGACGCUCGCAGGCGCAGCUUGCCUAUCUUGCCCAUCGAGCCUCAGAAUGUGCCGGGCGGUGCUCCGGAUUUCAUUUCAGAUUUAAAGCAGAAUGAGGGAGCUGCCGAUCGAGAUGAACACCGAGAAUAUCCAAUGAAGACGUCACCACGUGGGAAGUGUCUGAUAAUCAACAACAUGGAGUUCAGAAAGUUACAACCGCGCUUAGGCUCGGAGAUUGACUGUGCAAAGAUCACCGACAUGUUCACGAACAAUUUCCAUUUCGACGUCACCGUGAAAGAGAACCUAUCCAAGAAGGAAAUGCAGGGCGCCCUCAUGUCGCUCGCAGCUGAUGACCACACGAAAGCGGACUGCUGCGUCGUCGUCAUCAUGUCGCACGGACGAGAGAUAGAGCACCGACGGUUCCCGGGGGCUGUCUUCGGCACAGACGACCUGUUUGUGCGCAUGGAGGAGAUUGUUUCUUUCUUCUCCGGGACUGACUGCCCCUCACUGCUGGGGAAACCGAAGUUGUUCUUCAUCCAGGCUUGCGGAGGAGACGAGAAAGACCGGGGGGCUCGGGGCCCGCAGGAGAGCGACGGCGGCGACAAUGGGGAUCACGUGAACGGCAACGCGACGUCUGUCGACGCCAUGCUGUCGGAGCUGGACGACGAGCCGGACGACGAGCCGGACGCGUCGCCCGUGUACUCUGAGCAGGCGCGCAACCAGAGCCAGGAAGAGGAGGACGCCACCCCGCACCUGCCGUCCAUGAGCGACAUGCUUGUCGCGUAUUCCUCUCUACCAGGGUUUGUGUCGUGGAGGGACCGCAAUCAGGGAUCCUGGUUCAUCCAGGUGAUGCUGGAGGUGUUUAAGAAGCACGCAGUCAACGAAGACCUUAUUUCCAUGAUCACACUGGUGAAUGAAAAGCUGUCUGAUGAGUACCAAGCCAAGGGUGUCUUCAAACAGAUUUCCAGUCCACUCAACACCCUCCGCAAACGCCUCUACUUCAACCCAACCUUCUGAGCGUGGCGCAGGAACUUCGCACAGUUUCCAUUUACAUGUACGUAAAACGAUUUCCAAAUAAGAAUGACGCAAAAUGUUGCACGUUCGAAUUUUACGUAAAAUAUUUCACAACCAGUUUAUUCGUGUUGUGUUCGAUUUGUCUGCAUUUUUGGAUUGUGGAGGGAGACUGUGUGAAAAAAUGUUUCUAUUCCGUUGACAAAACAGUAUUUCGAAUACAUGCGCAGCAACAGCAGCACAAUCUCGGUGAGCUAUUUAACUUUUUUUUAUAAGGGUGGGGGACCAACUUGAAUGAACUGCACUAUGGCACACAGUACCCUAACCAAUACAAAACGUGUGCACAUACAUUUAGUCAAUCCACUGCUGGAUGCUGGCCUUCCCAUGCUAUGCGGGUUGUUGGGGUUAAUUCACCAUACCUCAGGCUGAUGAAGACGAGGGGUGUAUGCGGAUACAAUCCAACACUCAUUUAUGCUGCGCUGCCCUCUGGCGAUUAUUCAGCUCCGCAGCAGCCUAUAACACCUUGAAUGCAAGGUGGUUGCCCAUCAAAAGCCUAUCCAGCAUCAAACCUGUUUAGUUUCUGAGAUCUGAUGAGAUUGGGCACAUUUUGGGCGAUUUGGUCUUGGGUGGUACAAACUUCACUGGCUGGGUUUCAUAUAUAAUUCAGAACAGUUUGCAAUUCUAGCUUUAAGGCUUUGACAGAAUACCAGCAAGACACCAUAACCAUUGCUAAAGCAAAGGGCAAAAUAUUAGCUUAAUCAGUGACAAAAAAACAUAAAUUAGCAGUGAGUUGCUCUAGAAACUUGCACUCGGGCUUACAAUUAGAUUUCGGCGGUGGGUUUAAUUUAACAGAGUUGUGUCUUCCAAUGUGUUGGAUACUGAUGAAGUGGGGACAUUUGCUUUUAGCCGGGCGGAUGGUAAAACAGAAUCUGAGAGCUUCGGGUCUCUGGAUGAAGCGUUUUGUGUUUAGCAUUCCAUGAAAUGCCUAUGCAUCUGUUAAACGAAUAAAUAUAUUCUUGCCGAAGUAGUUCGAUAUUUAACAUUGGUUUAAAGAUAAUUAUUUGUUUUAUCUUUAUUGUAUGCUUGUUAGAAAGAUAGUCUAUUUUUUGUAUUUUAUUUACUUCGAGCUUAGCAGGAACAAUUGCGUUUUAGGAUGCAUUUUUUACAUUCGUCAGAAAAUAUUUGUACAAAAUUAACUUAAUUUGUUUUUGUAAGUAUGCUUUUUCUAGUUCACAACCAAUGCUUACGUAAUGGAACUAUAAGCUUAAACUAUUAUUUGAUUGUAGCACGGUUUGGUGCUAUGGGGCUUAGCAUGUUACUGGAGUACUGUUUAAAAGGUCGUUUUGACUGCCUCCAUGAAUCGUUGGGUUUUUUUUUGGAAACCUUGACUGUUUUUCCUGUUCCACUGGACCCUUGAGUUCUACUUCUUACAGGGGGGGGGUUCCCUUUGCCUGAUCACGCCAGGGAUGUCUCAACUCCAAUCCUCGCUGGACCGCUUUUUCGUGGUCACACCUGCCUUCCGCAACCACUUGCAAAUCAAGUGUUCACACAUUGUGCGCAAACCAUGAAAGGCAAAACUGUUAACGUGGGCUGGGCUGCGGCGAGCGGAAUGGAGUUUGAACAAGCUUUCCAUUGUUCCCUUUAACCUGCUGCAAAAUGAUUGCAUGGUUAUGGGGGCAGAGUCGAUGCAUGUGUGCAUGUUUGGGUAUUACCACUCUGCAUGUUUGAGUAUUCGCACUCUGUGCCAGGUUCAGUUCGUUGCAGCAAUUAUUGGCGAUGUGAAACUGAGCGGGACACAAAUUGUAAAGGUGUCUUUGUAAGAUAACUUCAAGAAAGUGAAUUCGUGUUGUGUUACUGGUUGUAAUUUUGUCCAUGCAUGAAACAAACUUGCAUUGCGCUGAGCCAUUCUUUUUAACCACUCGAAUAAGCACCACCUUACUACUUUAGUGCACUUGGGGGCAGGAGAGCCUUCCCAUAUCUUCCGAUGUACGAUUUCUACGUUGAGUGCACCAAUGUGUCUUUCUGUUCUAUAGCCUCGUAUUUUAUUAUCAUCUUGUGAACGUUCAUGCUGUGAUAAGUGCCUGUGCAACUGAGUAAGGGAGUCAUGCUUAAUUUGUUUACAUUUUUUUUUGUUCCUGAUUAAUGAGAGGACGUAAGUUUCGGUGAUUUUAUAUGCACUGUUCAGCUGCAGCCUUAUUGGAAUUAAAUGCGGACAAUCAUUCGUGUUCGGUUCGCUGCUCUUGAUGUGAAAUGUUCGUUACUGC